AUGGUUGCCUACCCUCCUGUCUUUCCGCUUGAUAUAAUGCACUGGUGCAGCAGGCACAGUGAUACCUAUCCUGAGAUCGAUCCUGCCACCAAAUCCAAGAAACACGCCAAUAAGGCUGUCUUCAUCACUGGUGCCUCCCGCGGUCUCGGGCUGGCCACUGCCAUAUCCUACGCCGUGGCAGGGGUCUCCCAUCUAGGUCUCGGUGCGCGUGGUGACCUGACCAAAGCCCGAAACGCCAUCGCUUCCAAGCUCAAGGAGAUCGGCAAACCUACGCCCGAGAUUCUCGCCAUCAAUUUAGAUGUUCAAAGCGAAGACAGUGUCAACGCCGCGGCUGAGAAGGUCGAAAAAGAAUGGGGCCGGCUUGACCUGCUCAUCAACAACGCCGCUCGCCUUGAUUCCUUCGUCCCCAUCGUUGGAUCCUCCACCGAAAGCUGGUGGGGGCAGUACGAGGUGAACGUCCGCAGCAUCUUCUUCGCUACCCGCGCUUUUAUUCCCCUCCUCCUGAAAGGAGGUGACAAGACCAUCGUGAACACCUCAUCCGUUGGUGCCCACAUCAUCAUGAAGGGCGCUUCCAGCUACCAGACUGGCAAGCUGGCCCUGCUCCGCUUCAGCGAGUUCGCCAUGCACGAGUACGGCGAGCAAGGUCUCCUAGCCUACAGCAUCCACCCAGGUAGCGUUAAGACCGACAUGGCUGACAAUAUGACAGAGGAGUUUAACACACUCCUCACUGAUACUGCUGAGCUGUCUGCCGACUCUAUGGUCUACUUGACCCAAGAGAAACGUGACUGGCUAGCUGGACGCUAUAUCGACCUCACCUGGGAUAUGCCUGAAUUCCUUGGUCGGGAAAAGGAGAUCGUGGAGGGUGACAAGCUCAAGGUUCGACUGGUCAUUUGA